AUGGAUCAUUUUCCCUUAAACUCUCCCGGGUUUGUGAACCUUCUUACUUCUCAGAGCUGUCCCCCAAUAGAUUUAGGACGUUCUGAGGUUCCAAAAGCUCUGGAAAGGCGGAAGUGGAGCACGAAAGAAGACUUGGUGCUGAUCAGUGCUUGGUUGAACACCAGCAAGGAUCCAAUCAUUAGCAAUGAGCAGAAGGGGUGGGGAAGGGUAAACGAACAAGUCUGCAAGUUUGUGGGUUGUCAUGAAGCUGCUUUGAAGCAGCAUGCGAGUGGUGAAAAUGAGAAUGAUGUCAUGAAGGUGGCCCAUGAAAUCUUUUCUAAUGACUACAAUGCAAAGUUCUCCCUUGAACAUUGUUGGAGGGAGCUCCGUUUUGAUCAAAAAUGGAGAUCACACACUUCCUCGCGUGAUGGUGCAAAGGAGAAAAGGAAGGAGCCAGGAGAGGAGGUAGCUGGCGAGGAAGAAGUCAGGCCUCUGGGUGUGAAGGCUAGCAAAGUAGCCAAACGGAAGAAGCACGUCAAUGAAGCCGCCUUUGAUCAGAUUGAGAGCAUUUUAGCGGAGAAAAAGAACAUCUCCCGCCAGAAACUCCUUGAUAGGUCACGGGUUCCUGGAGGAGGAUGUGUGUGGACGUAG